ACAGGUCUACACAUAAUGGUGUUGAUUUUCUGUAUUACUGCAUGUGGAUCUGCUGUUAUAAUCUGCUCUCUUAUUUACAGAUCAAGCACAGAUUCAGUUUUGCAUCUUCAGAUGCUUUUGGUCUUCUGUCCAAAUAUCACAAUGUUCUUUGCUUUUAUCUUCUGGGGUGUAUCUGAAGGAUCUUUGAAUGAGACAAUCUUCUGCUGUGCUCUCUAUUUUCUCAGACCUCUUAUGUUACUGUGGGCGGCUCCAUAUAUAAACGAUUUAAAAGACAACAUUAAAACGUGGAUCCAGAUUGACAGUUAUGAAACAGAGUAUAUUGUUUUCUCAGCUAUACUUUAUUCAGUUCUUUUUCAAUCUGCCUGGGGAAAACGUCUGAGUUUUGCUGGAUUUGAAGGCAUUAUGAUACUAAUCCUCUUUGGAGUAGUGCUGCUUUUCUUCCUCUUCUAUUUUAUUCACAUGUUUGCUAGAAUCUCUGGGAAGUUACCUGAACACAUAAUUACAAUAUUUAAUGUUCUGUCUAAGGCAAUCUUUGAUGUUCUGCCUUCAUUACAAUUCAUUCUUCUGUUCUACAUGUUUGGAUCAGCCGGAGGAGGUUUCUUCAUUGUUGCAAUUUUACCUGUAAUAACAACAACGACCAGAAACGACUGGAAUCUUAUAUGUGGGCAAAAGAUGGGCUGUUCACCUUUGGUCAGAAGAUCAGUGUGGUUUACAUUGAUGCUAUUGGUGACUGGAAUAAUAAUGUAUUUCUACACUUUGGCACUGGAAAAUGAAAAAGAUCGUGUUGGAUGGGUCUGUGUGAUCGGAUUUCUACAAGUAUUAUGGACAGUUUGGAAUUGUUUAUGGUCAUUUAAAGAUUGGGAUUUCACUCGUACUAUCACUGUGUAUGUGUUUGGAUCAGUUGGUGUUGUUUUAAUCAGCGCUGUUGCACUAAUGACUGAACUGAUACUGAAAACAGUAAAUGGUGAAGCUCCAGUUGGAGAUUUGAGAAUCGUGAUAUUUUCCUCUGAAAUCUUCUUUACUGCAUCUAUGCUGAUGAUAUUAAUAUCUGCACCAUGGAUCAAAAAGGAUCUGCAGUGCUGUCAGGUUCCUGUCACCACCGGAACCACCCUGGUCCCAAGUUCCUCCCUGUCUCCUGCCACCACCGGCACCACCCUGGACCCCAGUACCGCCCUGGUCUCUGACUCCGCAGGCUCCUCCCUGGUCUCCAGCUCCGCCUUGGUAUCUGUCCCUGCUCUGGUCUUUGGCUCUGCCGGCUCCUCCCUGAACUCUGGCUCCAUCUGCUCCUCCCCGGUCUAAGGCCCGCCCUAGAUUCCUGCUCUGUUGCCUCCGCUCCACCUUCCUCCUUGACUUUUUGUUCAUAAAGAGGAGCAUCGGGAAGCUGCUCCAUAGGAGGGGGGCUAUCAGCUGGAGUGCCCUCUUUCAUAGAAACAUGUAGCGCGUUUUGAGUGAACGUGAAAGCACCUCGGACUCGGGUGCGCCCUCUUCCAGGAAGCAAAGUAACCUGUGCCUGCAUUUUAGCCAAUGACGUCGAUCAUUAGUUUCCACAACACACGAUAACCAUGACAACUGAUGAAUUUUGCAUUCCAAAACACAUAUGCGCAGCUGUUGCUCUCUCUGCUGUGCAUGAUAACACCAACAUAUUAAAAAAACAAAAAAUAUGCUAAGUCAUGAUGUAAUUAACAUCCUCUUGUAUGUGUGUGUUGGUGCUGACAUGACAUUACGUUAGUGAACAGGGGUAAACGAGUGAGUGUGAAACCAGACCAAUGCUGCGGGAACAUUUGCACUUGGGCUGGACUGCAGCAAACGAGCCCAGUUUGAAAACGCCCUCACACUUUACUUUUAUCGAUCCAAGCCAUUAGGAGUUGAUUGUUUUAAAGAGAAUGGGAAGUUAGUGUUCUCUCAACACCAGAGCCCAUUGUACUGUAAUGUUAACUCUGUGGCUUCUACUUUGAGUCGUUUGGGACGUGGUGUAUGAUAUUUGUACAUUGUGUACAAGGGUAAAUGUUGUUUUUCUAAUAAGUUUUAUGGUAAAUGUAUGUUUUUUAAUAAGAUGUGCAAAUAAUAUUACUGGUAUAGUCGUUUUCAAUGCCUUCUCCGAUUUUUUUCAGUUCAUCAGUGGUACUAUAGGGACAAACUUUUGUACCACUGCUAUAGUAUUCAUAUUUUAUGUAAUGUUUAAGGUGGGAUAAGUUGUGGUUUUGUUUAUUAUUUUGUCUUUGUCAGAGUUUAAUAAGUCAUGCUAAACCUUGGGUCUGAGACGCUUUUCUUUACAUUCAUUUUACAGAAAUUCAACAUUUCUUAUAGGGACAUAGCAUGUUAACAGAGAGAGAAAAGGAUCAGGGUAAACAUACUGGAUCUGGGAAAAAUAAACGUAUGAAGCUGAAUUCUGAGUUUGAUACAAAUCGCCCUGCUUUUCUUUGCUUUUGUACAGUUUGCUUUUAGAGAUGCGAGUGGUUUUUAUCAAAUAUGUUCCUCUUUUCUGCAGAAAAUGAAAUAUGUAACUGUUGUAGUUAUUAUUGUA